AGGGCUGCAGGUUCCAGAAAGCUGUCAUCCUACCUCAAUACAAGUGAAUCUAAAAGAAUUAUUUCCUACUGUCUCUUCAGUACAGGGGACCAUAACAGGAACCAGGACCAGUUUUACAAGGGCACUGGCCCCAGCUGGCCCCCAUCUAGAACUGCCCAUGACUGAACAUUCCCCUGUAGGAUUUAUUUAGUAGAAUUUAUGAUUAUUUCAUUUACAGCAAGUUGUCCCAACUCUGAAGCAGAUGCCGUGAUUGACUGUCAACAGAUGUUCUUUAAAAAAUAAUUUAAAAAAUGUAAAUAGCUAGCGCUAUGCCAAGUGUAAUAGGAUCCACAUCUUCCAAAAGAUUCCGGUUGGAGUCAUUUUGUUUAGCCAGCCAUUUCUAUGGAAGUUUCCCCACGUUUCCAUUUUUCAACAGUUUGUGGUUAACGGCUCUCACUGCUCUUUGCUGGAGCCUCAAAGUCUUAAAAUAGCUUUGUAAGUCUUUCAACAAUGACAGAUCUCAUUGACUUUGUUUCUCAUGUUCUUGAAUCUGUUUUGGGCAUGAUGUGUUGUCUGAGAUCUUUUAUCCUGCUUCAUUUUGUCAGACAUAUUUUAUUUCAGUGAUUCAUUCAUUUUACAAGGCAAAAAACAAAACAGUGGCUUUAUCUGUGAAAGUAAACUAAAUUGUGAGGAAGUGUAUUUUUUCUUACUACACUGUAAUGCUAAAUAUUUGUUCUUUGAAGAUGCUAUGAAAGGGAUUAUUUACUUUAACAAAGACACAAAGAUUAGAAAUGUUUAAUUUAUGACCUUAGCUACAAAAUCUAUGACUAACAAAGAGGAAAUUACAUAAUUUGCCAUAAAAAAAGAAAUUAACGUUUUCUUCUUGAUGUAGAAUUAGGUCUUUUUCUGAGUGUGGGCUUAAUAUUCAAAUUAGAGUCCAUCUGAAAAGUUCAGUUUUUUACCUUAAUAGUCAGUGGCAAAACCCCCGCCUCAUUUAGACACCCACGUUGCUUAUCUGCAUGUGUUUUUUUUCUUUUUUUUUUGUACCUUAGUCGAAACUCAGAUAAUAUCUUUUUGCACAUCUGAAAUGCAAAACAGAACGGAGGAAAUGAACUGUCUGUAGGCUUUUAUUAGCUCGCUGUGGGUCAGUUUCUAUGGCACCUCAAAAAAAAAGUGUUAAAAAGAGGUGUGGAGUGAGCUGAUGAUGUAUGCUCCACGCCACACUAUAAAAAUCAUACACUGUGAGUAGUUAGAGCAUACAUCACCAGGUUCACUUGUCCUUUCCGCCUGACUUCAAAGUAAAUUCAUCUAAUGAUGACCUUAUUGUCGUGGAUCACUGCCUUUCUGCUCAUCAGCACAACAGCAGCUGAUCAAGAGGCUAAACUCGACCACUUUCCAGAAAACUUUGUGGUGGCAAAACCAGGUGAUUCUGUCAGCCUUACCUGCCUUGCAACCACCCCUGGACCUGUGACAUGGAAGUUCAACAACGACGAAUCCGGUUUUGAAGACUACAUGAGCCAGGAUGGCCAUAAUCUAAUUGUGAGGGAUGUGGAAGGACCCCUGCUGGGGGAAUACAGCUGCUGGAGAGGUGGAACGAAAUUAUCGUCGACCUAUCUGCUGCAGGAGACUGAGGAAGGAGAGGAUAUAGAUUCUUUGUUCACAUGCCGUGCAAAGUCCUAUGAUUGUAACUUCAGCUGCAGAUGGACUGAAGACAGACAUGAAGUUGUGCGCCUUGGAGUCGGCCCUGACUGCACUAAAGGUCUGCCAACAUGUCACUGGGUGAGCAGCAGUGGCCAGCCCAACAGCGAGGGAUUCCAGUUUGAGCUGACCCACACCCUCUCACCAUUUGGUGAGGAAAGCACCAUGCUGGAGGUCACCGCUGAGGCUAUCGACGACUUCGUCCUCCUCAGGAGAACCAAACUGUUUUAUCUUAGAGACAUUGUUGUACCUGACAGCCCCCGGAUUGUCAGCUUUGAGGUGCUGCAGUCGAAGCUGAAUGUCAGCAUCGAGCCGCCGUCCAGCUGGUCGACUCCUCACAGCUUCUUCAGUCUGGAGCACGAGAUUGAAUACGUGCUCAGAGACAAUGGAAAGACCAUAAGCUCUUUGUCUUCUCUGAUACCGAAGAAGAUCAGCAUGUUCAGGGCCCGCUCCAGAGAUCCGCUGGUGUCCUCACCUUGGAGUCAGUGGACUCCGUGGAAAAAUGGGAGGAAUUCAUGCCAAUGUAAAAAGAAACAGACAUCUGAGCUGUCACCCCAGUGUUUGGAACGCUGCAAGAGGAAAAUGGAGAAAAGAAGAACUAAACAUGCUAAGCAAAGUCAACAUCUUCUAUAAUUAAGGUGUUUUUGACAGAAAUGUACACAUUUGAAAUGAGAGGGAAAGCGUUAGCACACAACAAAAAUCAAUUUAAGUUUUUAAUUAAAAAAACAAAAACAAAAAUUGUUUUUCAUUUGAUGCAUUACAUGAGUGAAGAACUAAUUAAGUCAGUGAGCUGUGUUGGAGUUAUCUGGUUUCAGAAUACAAAAAUGCAUGGAGAGUGGCUGCCAGACAUUUAGGAGGUUGAAGCAGAAAAACAAGGAAAGGAAUAAAACAUUAGCAGUAUGUGUGAAGUCACUGCCAGGUCAGUGGCCAAUAGGGAUUUUUUUUGACAGUUUGUGGUUUGCCUGAAGUUGGGAAACUCUAGUAUUGUACAAACAAACAAAUUCCACCCACAGGAUUGCAGUUGUGGGGUUUUUUUCACCUCGUCUCUCCCUACAGCUGUGGCACAUGACAACAUCGCUAUAAAAUCAUUGCAUUAAAUCCGCUAAUGUAUUGAAUGUGUCUGUUGAGUCAUCCAAUAAAUUAGAAAAUAUUUGCUUCAACGUGGAUUAUUGGUCAGAAAAUUACAACUUUGAAACAUGUAUAAAACCUACAUUAGGUUUUCCUUUUAAAAAUGUUUGAUAUUCUGCUGUUAAUGUUUGGAUAUUCUGAUGUUAACUGUUGUGUUUCAUUAUAGCUGUAAAUUUAAAUUGUUCAUAAUCAGCAGAAAUAAAAGCUUCAAAACAUCAA